AUGGUACGUCGAUCUAAAAUGCCGAUUUGUGGUAAUGGCAUUGUAGAAAAUGGUGAAGACUGUGAUUGUGGUCUUAAUAAAAGUUGUAUAUCAGUGGAAGCAUGUUGCAAUCCUCGAACAUGUCAAUUCUAUUCUGGCGCUGAAUGUUUAUCCGGCGCUUGUUGUUCUGGUUGUAAAUUACUUCCAUCAGGUUAUAUCUGUCGAGUAUCUCGAAAUACAUGUGAUGUACCUGAAUAUUGUGAUGGUAGUUCUCCUCAGUGCCCUGAAGACAGUAAUUUUAUCGAUGGUUCAUCAUGUCAUGAGAAUAUUGGUACAUGUUUUCAUGGUAUGUGUGUUGGUGCACAAAAACAAUGUAUUGAUCUUUGGGGACCAGGUGCAAAAGUAGCACAUGAUUCAUGUUAUACAAGUUUUAAUCCAUCAGGUUCAAUGACUGGCCAUUGUGGUUAUGAUUCUCGUUUACAUAAAUAUAUACCUUGUUUUGAUAAUGAUGUCAAAUGUGGUCUAUUACAUUGUGAAGGUGGUAUGCCUUAUCCUCGAGUAGCAUCUUCAAAUUUUAUGAUUUUUAAUGUUAAUACACGUGAAGGUUCAUUUGAAUGCAAGACCAUAUCAAGUCCAAUUUAUUCAGUAUUAGUUAAUGAUGGUAGUAUAUGCGGUGAAUCAAGUUUUUGUCAGAAUAAUACAUGUAUAGAACAAAAAUUAAAACGAACAUGUAAUCCACAAAAAACAUGUUCAGGAAAUGGUGUAUGCACUUCAAUGGGUUUAUGUUAUUGUAAUCCAUCAUGGAAAGGAAAAGAUUGUUCAAUAUAUGAUUAUAUAUAUCAAGAUACACAUUUAUAUAAUCGUACAUUAUCAUAUGAAACAGAUCCUGUUUCACCAACGACAUUUUUUAGUAUAGCAACAAUAACAUUUCUCUUAUUUAUUUUAUGUCUAAUCAUAUCAUGUUUAUUCAGAAAUAAAAAUCAUCGUCAUCGUCGAAAAUCUCAUGAAUUAACUAUUAUUAAUCGUUCAAAAAUACAAAAACCACAAGUAACAAUUAAUCCAACUGAUAUUGAAUUUGAUCAAACACAAUUUAUAACACAAUAUAAUUCAAAUAAUCAAAAUCUUAUUGCAACGCCUAUGUCUAUUCAUCGAACACCAUUAAAACAUUCACCAUUUAUGGCUAGUAAUCGAUCAAUAACAAGUAUAUGUACAGGUCUCUCAUAUUUACCAAAUGAUACACCACAAACUGUUCGUUAUAUUAAUCGAAAACCAUCAACAAAUGCUAUAUUUAGUGAUUCUGAAACACCACGCACACGUAUACGUCGACAAACACGUCAUAUUGGUUCACCAUAUCUACAUAAAAAUUCUAAUCAACAUCAUCAACAAACUUAUGCAACAUUAACAUUAAAACGUCAUCAUAAUAUAAAUAAUAUACCAUAUGAAUCAUCAAGAAAAAUUUAUGAUGAUAUUGAUAAACUUUCAACAAAUGAAAAUUUACGUGAUUUUAUUCAAGUACUUGAUUCUUUGGCAAAAGAAAAAUUUGGUAGUACAAAUAUAAAUAAAAUAGCAUAUGAAAAAGAUACAAUUAUACCAUCAAGUCCAACUGAAACAAAUGAAUCAAUUACACUUGAUAGUGGUUAUCAAUCUACAAAACAAUUAAUAAAUACAGAUGAAUAUGCUACUAUUAUCAAAAUAAAACCGACAAAUGAAAAAUUUCAACAACGACAACGAUCAUUUUCAUCAAUUGAUAAUAAAGAACAAUUUUCUACAUAA